CUUCUUUGUUUGCUGGCCGGCACGCUGCACUGGGCGACUGGCUGGCCGCUCGGCCUGAUGGAAAUCCUGUUCCAGCCCGGCUUCGAUCGGGCGAGCUGAAAAUAAACACAUCGCAUUGCAGAGGCCGUUGGCACUGGUUGAAACGGCCAGCAGGCCUAAGCUAGCGGCCAUCUGGGCACCCGGCUGGCCGGGGUGAGGACCUGGCCGGCCCUUUGCCCAUUCCAUCAUCUCCAGUCCUGCCCUGUCCCACGAUAUGGCUACGUAGGCUUGCGCAGGAGGCCAAGCUGAGGGAUGCCCAAUGGCGGCAGCGAUGGUGCAGCCACGGGAAGCCAUUCCUGGGAGACCGUGACGGGGUGACAGGCCCUGAGAGACACGCUUGAGAGGUCAGCUGCAGCGAGAGUAGGCGUGGGAUGACCGAAUCUGAGGCGAGCUCCCGAGGUUGUGCUGUGUUGUGCUGUCACUGCCAGGAGGAGCCGCAGGUACUCCGCGCGCGUGGCUUAGUGCAGGGUGACUUGCAGCCCUUCCCCCCCAACCCCCAACCCCCAACACCAACCCAGUCAUCCGGUCUCACUCGUCCUGUUCGGGAAGUGGACACAACCAUGUCACCCUCCCCAGCUUUAUCAGCGACCUCUGGGUCCGUGAUCCCGACCACCGCGAUAAGCUAGAGUGCCCGCAGCCUUCCCAGCAGGCAGGGCCGAGAACGCCUUCCCCCCUGGCGCAUGUAUACCUUGGGGCCUACGCGCUGCCCCCGAGUCUCGCCUCCCCUCGGUCUGCUGCUCAUGCUUCAUAACAUCACAAACAAACCACCGCACACAUUUCAAAGCAACUACAUUGUUGGGACUGUCCUGACCAUUCUGUUGCCGUCUCAGCCUCUUGCGUCACCCCGAGAGCCUCUGCCUACAUCUUCCGUCAUCACGCCGAGCCUUUGUACCGUGCCUAUCUGGCCGCAUUAUCGUGCCUCUUUGUCUCUGAGUCACCCCGGCGGAAACAGCCUCUCGCUUCCUUGAGAGCACUAGACUGUCCAGUCCCCAGUAUUGCCUGCUCCGGUGCCAGGCCACAACACGUCCCGCAAGAGCCACCCUCGAACAAAGCACGGUCAACUGAACGGUCCUUGCCUCCUCUGUCCCGAGUGAUCAGCAGGUAGAAGCCCGCUCACCGUCUGACUGGACUGCCUGCCUCGCCCUUCAAACGGCCCCUUUUCCUUCCAGAGGAUCCCCAGAUCUCGCUGGACUUUGCACUCUUUCGCAAUCCAAAUUACCCACCUCCUACGAGUCCUAUCUCUUUCUGCAAACCCCAUCCCGCUGCAAACGCAACGUGUAAUCGACACCUUCCCACAUCGUUUCGCUAAGCCCAUCGUAUCCUUCUCCUUUUAAACCCGAAAUCAUGGCGGCUUCCAUCCAGUUCGAGCGUGACCUUCGCAGCGCAAACCAAGAGUUCAAGCGCGGAAAGGACGCCUCCGUCAAGUGGUCCUUUGGAACCACGGCAUCACCCCCGUGGAUCAUGCCCGGCGCGCCAGACCCGGACAGCGAGAACUUCAGGGCCCGACCACUAGGAAAGUGGAGUGACGAGUGCGGCAGCAUGGACAAGGACAAGGGGAACAUCAACAAGUACACUCGCACAACGGGCCGCCUGAGGGAGAUACCCUCGAAGCGGGCUCGCUCCAAGGUGUCUGCCCAAGAGGAGAUCGCCGAGGCGGCCUUCACGUCGCGGUCGAUCCUGGACUACCUGCCCAGCCCUGUGCGCCGGCAGAGCUCGUCCGCGGACAACGUCCUCUACAGCUUCGACCGCCAGGACUCGCCCGGCAGGCCGCUGACCCUUGACAUAUUCGUCAAGAAGGGCGGGCGCGACACGGAGCGCUUCGUCGAGAAGGAGUACGAGAUCCUUGACGCCAACGGCGAUGCCCUCAAGGGCCGCAAGGCUCGUCGAAACCUCCGCCGAGGCGUGACCAACGGAUCCAAGCCUGCGGACGACGACGUGGCCGAGGUCGACGAGGACGGGUUCGAGCUGCUGUAAACGUAAAGUUCGUCUCGGGAGCGCAUCGGGACGCGGUCGGGGAUUCGCAUUCGACAGGUUUCUCUCGCCUGGCCCUGCCGGGUAGCCCGUUUUGAGUGCUGCCUGCUCUUACUUGUUCAUUUCACCCAUCAUGUCCAGAACGUCGACUCAUUGGCAUGUUAAUCACCCCUUUUUCGUCUACUUUUGAGUCGGUCACUUUGGUCGCUCGCAGGAGUUUUGGUAGGGAUCGGAGGCCGGGAAGCAUUGCGCUGUCGUGAGAUGUCGCAGGGAGUUUGUGUUUAUUUUGGACUUGAGUAUUGUACAUUGGAGGGAGUGGCUCGGUCGACGUAUUGUGCUGUUGUUCUUCAGUUUAGUUUGAGCAUUGGUUACAAACCUUCUGCAGACGCGACAACCGUCAUUUGGCUUGGUUGUCGCCUCCGCCGCCUACACGCCUGGAAACAAUACAUGGUUCUGGAAGGCCUGGAAUGAAGAACAGAAUAGCAUUCCCAACAUAGCUAAGCAACCAAUUACAAUAUCGUGUCGUUGGUUCAUGAACCUGGGUCAGAUGGGUUGGGUCGAAAAGAUCAAUUGCAGUGCUCAAUGCGGCGGCUGGGUUUUGUGGGGGAGGAAGGGUUUGCUCAAAGCUAGCAGCCCAAUUCUAAGUCCAGUUGAGCAGCAGGACUGCACGUGCUGGCCGCUACCCGUUUCGGGAAUGCUACCUUCUCGUGGCUGUCCACUCGCUACCUGGUAGCAAAACACAACCUUCUGUGCUUCCACAUUCAGUCGUGAAUUUCUUCUCCAACAGACGAAGAAAAG